AUGUUUCAAAUUAACAAGACAGGUAUCGAGAUAGCGUCAGGUUACGUUAAUUUAUCUGAGACCGGACUAACGGAAACUGGGGUCUCCAUCGUGCGAGUGUACAACACACUUGUUCUACUGACAGGGUUGCUAGGCAACACUCUAGUGUUGUCAGGGUUACUCGACAACAGUGUGAUGAGUAUAGAUAGGACCUCCAGGAUUCUGCUGCAAAACCUUGCAGUGACUGAUAUUUUCUACACCGUGUUCCAGUUUCUCCCUUCCCUCACCACCCUCAUUGCUAGACGCUGGGUUUUCGGCACCAUCUUCUGUCUGGUAGAUCACAUCGCUGCUAAUAUAUUCGCAGUUAACGAGAUCCAUGUCAUCAUGGUCCUCUCUGUCUACAGACUGUGGUUCAUACACCAGCGGCUGGGCCGGGCCAGCUCAGCCAGCUCCAACAGAACGAGAUGGUUUGUGGUGGGGUUGUUCUGUCACGACGUGGUGAUCAAUGUGGGUUACCACAUCACCAACAUUCCCCAGACAGACUACGAUAACCAAGUGUUAUCGUGCAGGGUAGUGAGGAGCACUAACCACUGGCUUCCUGUCGUCCUGGGGCUCUACAACAUUUUCAUCCCCAUCUUCACGACCGUGGUCGCUAACGGAGUGACAAUAUGCACCAUCCUAAGAGUUUACACACAGAAACUGGCCCCGAGCAGACCCUACAAGAAAGCUACUCUCAUUAUCCUGGCCAUCUCGAUAACAUCGCUUAUCUCCUACAUUCCUUUCUUCGUGGAAAUGUUCACGCCUAACAAAAGCUCUCUGCCAGUCUGGUAUCCUGUGACCAGCAUGUACAGUUUGUCAGUAAGCAUAGUCUGCAACCCCUUCAUAUACGCUAUAGUAGACAGAGAGUUCAUAAACUACAUCAAGGAGCUAUUUCUAACUCUAAUCUACAAGUUGCUGGUCUGCGUGGACUGGUGCUGGAAUAAAAUGUAUGGUAACGAGGGGUUUAGUGAGGACAUGACUAGCGAACAGAACAGUUUCGAACUGGUUCACAUGGGUAAUAUGAGAGGGUACAGGUACCAACCUCCUGGCAGGACUGCUUGAAAUCAUGAUAAAG